AUGCUGGACUGGAGAUUGGCAAAUGCACAUUUUAUCCUGAUUGUGACAUUGAUGCUGUGGAGCUCAGGAAAGGUGCUCUCACUGGAUAUAGCAACAGAGGCUUUUGAUUCUGGAAUUAUAGAUAAGCAGUCACCUCCUGCAGUCAAAGAAGAAAAAUCAGACACUGAUCUGGCAGCAAAACUCUUGCUUCUUGAUGAACUUGUGUCACUGGAAAAUGAUGUGAUUGAAACAAAGAAAAAAAGAAGCUUCUCUGGCUUUGGGUCUCCUCUGGACAGGCUCUCAGCUGGCUCUGUAGAUCAUAAAGGCAAACAGAGGAAAGCAGUAAAUCAUCCAAAAAGGCGAUUUGGUAUGCCCAUUGAUCGGAUUGGUGGAAACCGACUUUCAAAUUCCAGAGGUUAA